UGCGGGGUCAGGCACGGGGCUCUUCCCUGAGGCGCCCUGGGGGCUCUUGAGGCGCCCGCUCUGCCGUGACCCGCCCGGCGGAGGGGCGGCGACGGGUCCUCAGCGCACCGGUGUCCGUCGGCCGCCGGUGGCUCCGCCCGCGGGCCCAUCGGGCUUUGAACAGCCAAAAGUUAAAAUGUGUGAUGAUGAUAUUCCAGACCGUUGGUGUAUUGGGGAGAAAUGCCUUGCCCCUUGUUUUGAAAAUGGAAAACUUCAUGAAGGAACAAUAACUUCUCUUGAAAAGGACAAGAAUGGAAAAUCAUUUGCUGUUGUAUCAUCCUUGGAGUCUGAAGAAAGGAAGAUACAAGUGACAAAACUUUGUAAAGUCAAAGACAGUAGAGGACCCUGGAAGAGCUUAAUAUUUGAUGAGGCUGAUCUGGAAAAGCCAUAUUUUCCUGACCAAAAUCUUCCGUCUCCUGCGGUUGCUUUUAAAUUAUCUGACAAUGGUGAUUCUAUCCCGUAUACAAUUAACAGAUACCUGCGUGAUUAUCAAAGGGAAGGAGCCCAGUUUCUGUAUAGACAUUAUGCUAAUAAAAGAGGGUGUAUUCUUGGAGAUGAUAUGGGCCUUGGAAAGACAAUACAGGUCAUUUCGUUUUUGGCUGCAGUGUUGCACAAAAAAGGAACACAUGAGGAUAUUGAAAAUAAUAUGCCAGAAUUUUUACUGAGGACAAUGAAAAAAGGCUCAGAUUGUAACCUCAAAAAGACUUUCCUUAUAGUGGCCCCUCUUUCAGUGCUGUACAACUGGAAGGAUGAGUUAGACACAUGGGGAUACUUUAAGGUCUCUGUCUUACAUGGCAGUAAAAAGGACGAUGACAUGAGUCGCAUCAAGCAAGGGAAAUGUGAAGUUGCUCUUACAACGUAUGAGACACUCCGCCUGUAUUUGGAUGAAUUUAACAGUAUAGAGUGGUCUGCUGUGAUAGUGGACGAAGCACAUAGAAUCAAGAAUCCAAAGGCUCAAAUAACUCAAACCAUGAAGUCAUUAAAAUGCAAUGUUCGCAUAGGUCUUACUGGAACCAUUCUUCAAAACAAUAUGAAGGAACUUUGGUGUGUUAUGGACUGGGCUGUACCAGGACUUUUAGGUAGCAGAGUACAUUUCAAGAAGAAAUUUUCUGAUCCAGUGGAGCAUGGCCAGAGGCACACUGCAACUAAAAGAGAGCUAGCAACAGGUCGUAAGGCCAUGGUGAAGCUAGCAAGAAAAAUGUCUGGCUGGUUUCUGAGACGUACCAAAGCGCUUAUCAGUGAUCAGCUGCCAAAAAAGGAAGACAGAAUGGUGUUUUGUUCCCUAACUGAAUUCCAGAAAGCGGUGUACCAGGCUGUGCUAGAGACAGAUGAUGUAACCUUGGUGUUAAGAGCAGGAGAGCCCUGUAGCUGCAACAGUGGCCGGAAAAGGAAGAACUGUUGUUACAAAGUAAAUGCACAUGGUGAAACGAUUAAGUCAUUGCGCUUCAGUUACCUCAUGAUCCUACAGAAGGUUGCAAAUCAUGCUGCACUCCUGCAGACAGACAACACUAGCAAGCUGCAGGAAGCGCAUAUCAAACGAGUUUGCAGCCAAGUAUUUUCCAGUUUUCCGGAUUUUGUGCGGUUAAGCAAAGAUGCAGCCUUUGAAACAAUUUCAGAUCCAAAAUAUAGUGGAAAAAUGAAGGUCCUUCAGCAGCUUUUAAAUCACUUCCAAAAAAAUAAGGAUAAAGUUCUUCUUUUCUCCUUUUCCACAAAGUUGCUUGAUGUGCUGGAACAGUACUGCAUGGCAUCUGGGCUAGAUUACCGAAGACUUGAUGGAAAUACAAAAUCAGAAGAUAGGAUCAGAAUUGUAAGAGAGUUCAACAGCAUUCAGGAAAUUAACAUAUGUAUUGUAUCUACAAUGGCUGGUGGACUGGGUCUUAAUUUUGUUGGUGCCAAUGUUGUUAUACUGUUUGAUCCUACAUGGAAUCCAGCAAAUGAUCUUCAAGCGAUUGACAGAGCUUAUAGAAUUGGCCAACACAGAGCUGUUAAAGUGUUUAGAUUGAUAUCCUUGGGAACUGUGGAAGAGAUUAUGUACUUGCGACAAGUUUAUAAACAGCAACUUCACUGUGCAGUGAUUGGAACUGAAAAUGCCAGGCGGUACUUUGAGGCAGUGCAAGGAUCAAAGGAACAUCAAGGAGAGCUUUUUGGGAUUCAUAACCUUUUCAAACUUAGGAGUCAUGGGUCCUGUCUUACCAAAGACAUACUAGAGAGGGAAGGACGGGUAGAAGCAGGAGUCAUGACAGCAACUACAUGGUUGAAGGAAGAGAAUCGUUCAUACAGCUCAGAAAAGUAUGAACAGCCAGACCAUCAUGAAGAUGGAGAUCCCCAAAACACUCAGGCACAAUUAAAAAGAGAAGAAACGGAUUUUUGGGAUGAUUUCAGUGAUGAUGAUAUUCUGGAGAAUUCUGUGAAAAAAUGUAAUGGAAGGAAGCCAUACAAUGAAAAUAAAUUUGCAGUAACAAAAGGACAGCUUUCCUUAAUGAAGUGUGGAUUCUCUAAGUUGUUGCAGAGAGAAAUUGAAACUACCAAAGAAGGGGAUGAUAAUUGUAACUCUCACCAUUCAAGUUCUGCUGGUCACAGUAUACGAAAAAAUGUAAAUAGCAAGCAUGGUGGUUUUCAGAAAUGUCAAACCAGUGUGCCUGUUUUGGAGCAUGGGAAAGCUGUUCUGUCUCCAAAUGGAACUGAUAAACAAGAUAUGCACAGUACAGACUGGCUUGGUUUAACAGGCUCUGAGGAGGAAGGGGACAGAAAAAAUGAGAAUCAAGGCAUCUCAAAGCAAUGUGAUGUAGUCAUGGAAACUGAAAGUAGUUCUGAAGUGGAUGAUGAUGUCAUCUUUCCUACCCAAGUUAAAGUAUGCCAGCAACCAGUGCUUACUAAAGAAGUUGAAAUGCAUGGGUCAACAUCUGAAAAUUGUGAAGAGUUAGCAAAAGAAAAGGCUGGGUUUGUGUCUAAGGGAAACAGUAGACAAUUUGGAUUCCGCAGCACUGAGUCAAAUUUCAGCAAUGCCAUGUGUUUUGAAGAUGUCAAGAAUGACAUAGAUUUGAAAGGAGAAAGUGACAUAAGUGAUGAGUCUGAUGAUAUUGAACUUUCCCAUAAUUCUGAAUCAAGAAAGUUAGGAACUUUGGGUUUUCCAAAGUGGAAAGAGAGAUGUGCCCUUAACAAUGAACUAGAUAAUGUCUCUAAAUCUCUGCUACAAGCAAAGAAGCCCCAUAGAAAAGGAAAGGAACGUGGUUCUCAGAAUAUAGAUGAAUUCUCAUCCUCUGAAGACAACUUUCCAGUUGAGAAAAUUCACACCAGGAAGCAAAGCUAUAGGAGUAAACAACAGAGAGGCAGAUUUCAGUUUGGGUCUAAAAUGCUGUGUCCUAUUCAAGAUACCUCUAUUGCACAAAUGAAGUCUAAGUCAAGUUAUGCUAUGCAUAGAACUUACUCAAGUGAAACUGUAUUUGAGCAUCGAGAGAAAACAAUGGAAUCAAUGGACAAAUAUUUAGAUGGUGUUCAAGAAGUGGCAUAUAUUCAUUCAAAUCAGAAUGUGGUUGGAUCCAGCAAGGCUGAAAAUCAUUUGAGCCGGUGGGCAGUGCGAGAUGUAUUUGAGUUGAAGCAGUUUUCCCAGCUCCCUGCUAAUGUAGCUGUCUGUAGUGCCAAGAAAAAAUAUGAAGUCCCAGAAGACAAUACUUCAGAGAACAAAGUUGUUAAGGAAAGGCAAGAAAUGUUGAUGAACAGUAAGCAACAUCAUCUGUAUGUUACGCAUCCUGUGACCCAGAGAAGCAAAAAAGUACACAGAGUAGGUUCAACCACCUUCUUGAUUGGAAAGACACCCAAAAGAAUACGCAGGAGACAAUUUGAGGAAAUGGUAUCUCACUUUAAUAUGGGAUCCGUGAAAGACCUUGCAGAACAUAUUGCAAAAGCUACAUCAGAAACCAGGCAGAAGAUGUUGAAAGAAUUCUAUGUUUCCAAGCAUCCAGAGAUGGAGCCUUUCUUCUCACUUGAAAUACCAGCAGAAGCUUCACAUAACUGUGAGGAAAGAGAACAGGGUGCAACACACUCCAGAAAAAGAAAAUCCAUUGUUAAUUUUGGGAGAUCUAAGUCCAUAUUUCUCAGUGGAACUGCAGAAGCACAGACCCAGGAUAGCUGUAAAGGAAAAGCAGAACAGCUUCACAGAGACUCCCACUUGCAAGAUAUGUUUGUUGAUGCAAAAUGUAAGCAGUCACCAACUGUGGCGACUCAACAUACCCAAAGACGAAACAGUCAGGCUUUCAAGGAUUUUAUGGCAUCCGGCUCGUUAAGCAGUAAAUCAGGAAUAAUUGAGGUGCUGCCUAGAAAAAGUUGUGAAGGACAGCAAGACUCAGAAGGAACACAGUUACCAACAAAAAAAUCUAUGUCUCAGUCAGAAAAUGGAGAGAGAAAAGCUCAGAUUUGCAAGAAAAAUUCUUUUGUCGACUUACUUGGAGAUACCUCUAUUCUUGAUGAAAUAUUCAGAAAUGAUGGAAAUAGGUCUACAGGAUCACCAAGGAGAUUCUCUUCAGGACAAGCAGAAAAAUCAAAGGGGAGACCAAAAGAUUUCUGGGAUAUGCUGAAUGAACAGAAUGAAGAGAGCCUUAGAAAGCUCACAGAUCUAGCAGUCAUAGAGAAGCUUUGUGAAAGAGCCCCUCAUUCCACAGUGACAGAAGAGAGAGAAGUGCAUGAAAGUUCUCUUUGGAAAAGAAAUGAAACUUUUUUGUGGAAAAAAUACAGUGCAGAUGACUGAGAUGAGCCAUCCACUGCUAGAUUUUGUAAUGUAGUGAAAUGAAAUUUUUCAAUGUAAGUUUUCACUAUAACUAUUUUAUUUGAACUUUGACAGCGU